GUUCAGCUGUUUAGACACCUUCAGUUUUGACACUUUCCCAUUUUUUUUUUAUCCUUCCCUUAUAUUUUGAUAUAUUUGUCAGUGGAUUCAAUAACAAAUCGUGAAUUGUUAUCUCAUUAGUGAGAUACUUGUUGUCUGCAUAGGCAAUGGUUGUUGUUAGUGAGAGUUGGAUGAAAAAUAUUCAAUAUGAAUCAUAUCUGAUGAACAACAGUAACUCUAUGGUCAUUCCGGCUACCAAUACAAUGACUGCAAAGGCUGUGUUGAUAUGUCGGGAGAACUCCCAUCCAUUCCAAGACAGAACAUUAUCCUUGGAGGAACCAAUCAAAAUUGGGAGAUCUGUUGCUAGAGCAAGGUCCACCCCAACCAAUGCCAUUUUCGAUUGCAAAGUGCUCUCCAGACAUCAUGCUUUGUUGUGGUAUGAAAAUGGAAAAUUCUUCCUCCAGGAUACUAAAAGUAGCAAUGGUACUUUUGUAAAUAACAACAAGUUAUCAUCUGUAGAAUCCGAGUCCCACGAAGUGAGUUCUGGAGAUAUAGUACAAUUUGGUGUAGAUGUAGUUGAAAAUAAUAAUAGGAAAGUCACACAUGGAUGUAUCAUAGCAACAUUAAAAUUGUAUCUGCCAGAUGGGAAAGAAGCCAAAGCAAGUCCCAGUUUUGCCGAAGGAAAUCGCCAUGGAGUGGUGCCGUUAGAUGAAUUGUACAAACUUAAUCAAAUAAUCCAAGAAGCUAGUCAAAGAGAGCAAUGUUUAGAGAAGAAGUUGAGAGCUUUACAGCGAGUUGUGGAUUCGACACGCCAAGCGGCGGAUGAAAGCUGGCAGGCUUGCGUCGUCGAGGAAAGACUUUUAUCUAGAAUUGCUACACUGGAGAAGCAAUUAAGUCAGGCCAAUAAAGGCUCGGGAGAUGAUAGACUGCGCGAAGAGAUUACGAAACUGCAAGAAGAUCGUACUCAGUACCAAACGGCUGCGAAGGAGGUACUUAGGAAGUUACAUGCAGAUCGGUUAGCUGCCGUCGCUCGAGCUACAGAACAAGAGAGAUCACGAAUAUCCGCAGAAAACGAAUCUUUAUUAGCCAAGGAACAAUUGGAGCAAGUUCAAACAGAAUUACAAGAAGUGGCUCAGAAAUUAACGGAAGCUUGGAAGAAGGCCGACGAGGAACGUUUGAAUUUCACAGAGAAGGAGAAAGAGCUUCAGGACAAAUUAGAGGAAGAAUUGAAGAACAUCGAUAAAUUGCAAAACAAUGUAGGUUUAAGUGAAAAUCAAACUGAGUUUGAAAGCAAAUUAAUUUUUGAUGAGUAUGCUAAAUUCAAGGAGUUUAAGCAAUUUGAAAAUGAGGAGGGCGAAGGCGAUCAAACUAAUAGGAAUGUUCCCGGCGAGCCCCAGCAAAACCACAUUAAUUUAACUGUGGCACCCGUCAGUGAACAUGUAAAUAACAAUAACCAAGCCAGUGAAGAAGAUGACGAUGAAGAAGAUGAUGAUGAUAGCACCGAUUGCAAUUCCGUCAACGAAGUGAACAUCAAUGAUUGCGAGCCAGAAGAGAGUGAAAACAAGGACGAGUUAGUGAAAGGUAAAGAGAAUGAAAUUGAAAAGAAAGAGGAGUGCGAAUUGGCGGAUGAGGUCGAGGAGGUGCGGCGCCCAAAGGCCGUGGAUACGAGAACGUUGAAAUACCAUAACCAAUCCGCUCAAAACGAACUGAAGAAACAAAUCGAGCAAAUGUCGAUCGUUUCGUGCGCGGACAAAACAAAAAUCGCGCUUCUGGAGAAAUCAUUGAUGACUGAGAAGGAGACUAUUUCGUACCUGACAAGUAAACAGACUAGUUUGAAGGAAGACUUGGCGUUCAUCGAAGCCAAGUACGUCGAGAGUGCUUCUGAAUCGGACUCGUUGAAGAAGAAGAUCGAGGCUUUACAAGCUGAGCUUAGCAAAGCCGUAGCGCUCACGAUGACCACCGAGAAGGCAACGCAAAUCGACCAACUAGCAGUAGAAAAAAGCGACAACAUAUCUCAAGUUCAAGAGCUUGAAGAGGACCUGGUGUCCUUGAAAGAACGGUACGCUGCCAUAACCGAAGAGAAGAUUGCCAUCAACAAAGAUAUGCUUAAUUUGCACGAUAAGUACAACGCUCUUCGCGAUCGCUCCCACAAUGUGCUCUUCUGCUACAUCGCUCCACUCGUACUCAUGGUGCUCUACCUACUCAUUAGCUCAAUGUUUUCCUGAUUCACGGCCCUCCUUUUAAUUUUCUUCUAUUUCGUUCUUGAAUACUUAUUGAAAAUCAUCAAAGAAACGUAAUGCUCGUUUCCGGAGCCAACCACCAGAAAUAUCUUAGAGAUCUUUUAUAUUAACCAUUUUAUUAAUACGAAUUUUUUAUAAGAGAAUUUACCGGCAAUAUAAAUAUAUAUUAUAUAUAUAUAUAUAUAAUGAGGCGCAAGCAAAUUUUUAUAUAUAUACAAGUAAAGUCUGCACAAAGUGGCAAGAGUAAUAAUUAUAAUAUGUAUUGAGUGCUCAAUAAAUGUAUUUUUUUUUUGGGAGUUCGAUACGCGUUAUAUAAUAUAUACAAUGUUGGGAAGUAUGUGAAUUAGUUACGUUUGUGAUUUGCUACUAUGUACAAAGAAGGACUAAGGAUAAUGUGGAUUGUGGAAAGAUUUAGGUAACAGCCUUCGGCGGGGGCGCGAAACAUUUUUUUUUUAUUGUUAUAUGCAUUAAAAGAGUAAUAACAAAGAGAUAUUAAAGACAGUUUGUAGAGUACAGUUAGAUAUGUGGAUUUAAAAAAAUGUUUUUAAAGCCUGUUAUUAUAUAAUUAUUGUUUAAAUAUU